ACACGGCAUGUGUUGCCCGCUUAUCCUCUCCUUCCCGGGUCCGCCUUCGCGCCCUUAAUAAGAACAUACCCCGCGAGUUCCUGCCUCUGGUCGCCAGCUGUCGCUCUCUUCUCGCGAGAACUGCUACUCGCGUCCUCUCCCUUCAUCAACCCCCUCCCGUGGGCAGGUUCCAUAUUGGGUAAAAUCUCGGUUCGCGUAGAAUCCCGGGAUGUGUUCUCGCGAGAGUACGGCGGGAGGCUCCAGUUCGCUGGCUCUGGAAAGGCGACCACUGGAACCUCCGCGGGCGCAGCAGCUGGAGCCCUAGUCCCGUGGCGCAGCCCAGAGUCGGCCUGGUCCGGAGAGGGUGCAGGGAGAGCGUGGCGGGCGCAGCCUUGAGCCCCGGAGCGCGCUCCUACCCUCAGCAGGGCUUGCCCCGGUCGUUAAGGCGCGUCCAGCCGCUGCAGCUGACAGGGGCAGCGCGCGCGGGAGUCGGCGGGGUCGCGGCAGCCGCACCUGCGCGUGCGGCCAGUGCGGGAUCGCAGCCCCACCCGGCGGGCAACGAGGGCCAGGGAGCGGGUGCGGGUGCAGGCGGGGCCCCCGGAGGGCCACCUCCUCGCCCCGCGGCCGCCGCUGGAAGAUGUCUCAGGAAAGGCCCACGUUCUACCGGCAGGAGCUGAACAAGACUAUCUGGGAGGUGCCCGAGCGUUACCAGAACCUGUCCCCAGUGGGCUCCGGCGCCUAUGGGUCCGUGUGUGCUGCUUUUGACACAAAAACUGGGUUACGUGUGGCAGUGAAGAAGCUAUCCAGACCAUUUCAGUCCAUUAUUCAUGCCAAAAGGACCUACAGAGAACUGCGGUUACUUAAACAUAUGAAACAUGAAAAUGUGAUUGGUCUGUUGGAUGUUUUUACACCUGCAAGGUCUUUGGAGGAGUUCAAUGAUGUGUAUCUGGUGACCCAUCUCAUGGGGGCAGACCUGAACAACAUUGUGAAAUGUCAGAAGCUUACGGAUGACCACGUUCAAUUCCUUAUCUACCAAAUUCUCCGAGGUCUCAAGUAUAUACAUUCAGCCGACAUAAUUCACAGGGACCUAAAACCUAGUAAUCUAGCCGUGAAUGAAGACUGUGAGCUGAAGAUCUUGGAUUUUGGCCUGGCUCGACACACAGAUGAUGAAAUGACAGGCUACGUAGCCACUAGGUGGUACCGGGCUCCUGAGAUCAUGCUGAACUGGAUGCAUUACAACCAGACAGUUGAUAUUUGGUCAGUGGGAUGCAUAAUGGCGGAGCUGUUGACUGGAAGAACAUUGUUUCCUGGCACAGACCAUAUUAACCAGCUUCAGCAGAUAAUGCGUCUGACGGGGACACCCCCUGCUUAUCUCAUUAACAGGAUGCCAAGCCAUGAGGUGAGAACAAAUAGACUGCAUAGGGACAUGUCCUUCCGAAGGCCACAUGCUCAUUUUAUUAAUGUAUAUCUAGGCAAUUCUUCCACUGUCGACUUGCUGGAGAAGAUGCUUGUCUUGGACUCAGAUAAGAGAAUUACUGCCGCCCAAGCCCUCGCACAUGCCUACUUUGCCCAGUACCAUGACCCUGACGAUGAACCCGUGGCCGACCCUUACGAUCAGUCCUUUGAGAGCAGGGACCUCCUGAUAGAUGAAUGGAAAAGCCUGACCUACGAUGAAGUCAUCAGCUUUGUGCCACCACCCCUUGACCAAGAAGAGAUGGAGUCCUGAGCACCUGGUUUCUUUUCUGUUGAUCCCACUUCACUGUGAGGGGAAGGCCUUUUCAUGGGAACUCUCCAAAUAUCAUUCAAGUGCCUCUUGUUGCAAAGAUUUCCUCCAUGGUGGAAGAGGGUGUGUGUGUGUGUGUGUGUGUGUGUGUGUGUGUGUGUGUGUGUGUGUGUGUGUGUGUGUGUGUGUGUGUGUGUGUGCGCACGCGUGUUAGUAUGUGUGUGUGUGUGUCUGUCUGUCUUUGUGGAAGGGUAAGAAAAUAUGAGCUAACUAGGAUUACAGUGACUUUACAUGGAGUUACAGCUGCUCCGUGGCAGCCUCUGCUUGCUCUGUGGUGAGAGUCAGCUCCGGCAGGCAAGCACUGCCAUCUUGUUAGGGUUUGUUAGAUGCAAAGUAAACAAUAUUACGUGUCCCAGAUCCCGGUCAUGCUUUUGCCACUUUGGCCUCUCCUGUGGCCCCAUCUUGGUAGACCUGACCACAUCCCACAGGGGCGCAGAGAGAAGGCUCACACCGCCUGGCUGCUUCAGAUCUGAAGCCAUCCCUCAGCGAUGCGUACAGCCAAAAAGGACCAACUGGCUUCUGUGUACUAGUCUAAGAUUAACUUGCUUAGUGUGAAUCUCAGAACUCAGCAGGUGUAUCUGAAACUGUAAAUAUGUUUGUGCCUUAAACAGAGAGGAGAAAGUAUAGAUAGGUAAGAGGGUGCAGCAAAUGAAGUUCUGAGCCAGGCAAGUCAUCAGGUUGUCGGACGGCCACUCGUGAACCGGGAGCCUUCAGAGGCACCAUGUGUGCAUGUGUGAGCAUGCGUAUAUGUGCUUCUCUCUCUCUCUUCCCACCACCCCCCAGGUGUUGCCAUUUCUCUGCUUCCCGCCACCCUCAGUGCAGAGGUUUCCUGAGUAUUGGCCUGUAGCCAAAGCCGGUUCUUGCUGUCAGUGUACUUCCUGUGUGCUCUUCCUUUCUAGCAGAGUGACGAUGUGUUUUGCACGUCUUGCUAUUUGAGCAUGCACAGCUGCUUGUCCUGUUCUUUGGGGGAGGCCCUGGUGCCAAGCAAGUUUGCCAGUGAAGACUUUUUGGGUAGCUCAGAACCCACGUCACCUUGGCUGAUGCUAUGGGCGGGUGACAUCAUUCAUCUUCAGCCCCCAGUGCUAUUUUGUGUUGAACACAAUUGAUACUCCAGGUGCUUUUGAUGUGAAAAUUAUGAAGAAAUUAUGAAGAAAUGGAACAGAUGGACGUAUAGCAUUUUCAUUCUUGCCAUCUGGUUUUCCACCAUCUAUUUUGGGGAGCCAUCACGGGAAAGAUCAGGGCUUUUCCCAGGAAUAUCUCAGACUUUGGAAGACAAGUUGUUCUCUUCACUCCCAAUAACCAGUGCUAAGAAAUGCUGAAAAGCAAAGUGAAAAAAAAAAGCUCAUGAGGCCAGAAACUCCUUUUGCUAUUUUGUCUAGAUAUGGUUAUUUACAAAAAAAAGUAGUGAGGUGUCUUUUCCACCCUUCUUUGGAAAAGGCUCUUCUUGGCAGCUUAACAUUGACUUCUUGGUCUUGGUUUAGGGAGAAAUAAAUUUUGUUUCAGAAUUUUGUAUUUAGCAGGAAUCCUUUGAGAAUGUGAUUCCUUCUGAUGGGGAGAAAGGGCAAAUUAUUUUAAUAUUUUGUAUUUUCAACUUUAUAAAGAUGAAAUAUCCUCAGGGGCGGAGAAGAGUUGUUUUCAUAAUUUUCUGAAUUUUAGGCACCUUGUGCUACAUAAGGGCCCGUAUAUUUAAAUCUUUUGUGAAAUAAGAAAGUGUAAAGCCACUUCCAGUGUUGGCCAUGUGACAAAAUGCCGUAUUUGGGCCAAGGUGUUUCCAUUUCUCUGUCACAGUGCGGUGACACACACACUCCAGGGAGACAGGGUAGGACCCGAGCGAGUCCCCUGGAGCAAGAAGGCAGGAGGAGGCAGGCUGAUGGUGAUCACACCUCACCUGGGAUUCUCCCCCCUUUAAAGGAAGAUGAAUGCGAAGGCCUCAUCUCUUUGAUAUGCAAUUCAAUCCUCACAGUCCCCAGCAAGAUGAAUUUUCUCAACCAUGUUUGGUUGUAAAUGCUACGGAGAUUUCCUACAGAAAUACCGCUCUGAAUAUUUUUUCAUAAAGGUCUGCAAUUGUGACCAUGUAUGUGUUAGGAGGCUGAAUGCGCCAAGGAGCCUGGACUCAGCUGGAGCCCAUGGAAGAACUUCUUGGUUUCUGAACAUAAUGCUCCCAUCUCCUGAUUUUUCUGAACAGGAACCUGAAGAGAGGAUGUGGGAAACUGCUAUUUUAUUUGUAUUCAUGAACUUGGCUGUAAUCAUUUAUGCCGUAUAGGAUGUCAUACAAUACCACUGGUUCAAAUAAAGCCUAUUUUUCAAAUGUA